CAGUAUAGGUAUAGUAGAUAACCAUUUGAUUCUUUGAAAAUUUUCGACGAAGACACUCAAAGUUUGUUGUUAGGUUUGACGUUAACUAUAAAUUUUCCUAAAACGUGUAGAAGUGCAAAAAUGAUUGUUGAUGAAAUGAACAUAAAUGAUCAAAGAGAUCACCAAUUGGAUCUCAAGUCGAAUUCUAAAAAUCAGAUUUAUAAACGUAAAAUCGUGUGGUUCAAUGCCAUAGGAUUUCUUAUUCUUCAUUUAGGCGCGUUAUAUGGCUUUUACGUGUACCUGACGUCAAUCAAAUUCCUUACUAUGGCGUGGACAAUAUUUUUAUCGAUAUCAAGCGCUCUUGCUGUGACGAUGGGCGCUCACAGACUAUAUACUCAUAAAACUUUUAAAGCCAAUUGGUGGAUACGUUUCUGUUUAGUUUUUGGACAAACAGUUGCAGGACAGAACUGUUUAUAUAUUUGGGUCCGAGAUCACCGAAUGCAUCAUAAAUAUAGUGACACUAAUGCCGAUCCACAUAACGCAGCCCGUGGAUUCUUUUUUUCUCAUAUUGGCUGGCUUAUGGUUAAAAAGCAUCCAGAUCUCAUCGCCAAAGGGAAAGAAAUUGACAUGUCCGAUAUCGAGGCUGAUGCUUUAGUAAUGUUUCAAAAAAAGCAUUACAACUUACUAUUUACUAUCCUGACGAUCAUUGCACCUAUGAUGAUUCCUACUUUGUGGGGAGAGACGCCGUGGAAUGGAUUCUUUGUUUGUUUUCUAUUUCGGCUUAUAUUAGUUCUCAAUCUGACUUGGUUGGUAAAUAGUGCAGCACACCUUUAUGGGAAUAAACCAUUUUCACAAGAAAUUUAUCCAGUGGAAAACGUCUACGUAUCUAUGUUUGGUUUGGGUGAAGGAUGGCAUAACUAUCACCAUACUUUUCCAUGGGAUUAUCGAGCAGCUGAAUUUGGGCAGUAUUUUAAUUUGACUACUAGUGUGAUUGACUAUUGUGCUGACCAAGGUUGGAUUUGGGACAAAAAAUGUGCCACGUCAACUAUGGUGAAAAACAGGGCUACCAAACGGGGGGAUGGAACUCAUUAUAAGUAUGGCCAAGAGAAACCACUAGAAGAUAUGCCAGAUGAACAGUAUGAAGAACUCUUUUGGAUAGACGAACGAUUUAAACAAUCGAAAAAAGGCUGAUUACGCCAAAUUAUUUUUACUAUUUUUGGAUUAAAUUAUUUUUCUUCUAAAAUUUUUAUGUAUAUAUUAUUUUUACUUAAAAUAAACAAAUAUGAUAACGUUGCAAACAAUA